AUGGUUUCUUCCAAGAACACACCCCGCAUCAUCAUUCAUGGCGGUGCUGGAAACAUAACCCGCGAUAACCUGGAUAAAGAUGCUUAUCAAGCCUACCGCUCUGCCCUCCUCGCAACUUUGCAGUCUUCAUAUGCUCUAUUAUUAGAACCCGGUGCCACAGCUUUGGAUGUCGUAACUCAUGCUGUUUCUAUGCUGGAAGACAAUCCCCUGUUCAAUGCAGGACAUGGCGCUGUCUACACUACUGCGGGAACACAUGAACUGGAGGCUUCUGUUAUGGUGAGCAAAGGCUACCACAAGCGCGGCGUUGGAGUCAUGGAAGUUUCAGGAGCGAAAAAUCCUAUCAAACUUGCACGUGAGCUAUUGGUCAGGGGAGAGGAGGUAGAUGGAGGUGGUGCUGGAGCCCAUGUACAACUGGUUGGUGAAACUGCAAAUAAGCUUGCAGAAGCAUGGGGCUUGGAGACUGUGAGUCCUGGGUACUACUGGACCAAGCGACGAUGGGAUGAACAUCGUAGAGGGUUGGGUAAAUCUACGGAUCGUGAGACAUAUCGAAAGCAUAAGAGACGUGCAGACAGAUGCUCUUCGUAUGUCGCAGAGUGUGCGGCGGAUGCUAGAGAUUUGAAUGUCCAUGACCCUUCUUGGAAUGGUCAAGACUAUCUUCCUCAGGGCACCGUAGGUGCAGUGGUUCUCGACAGCGAUGGCAUGCUUUGCGUAGCUACCUCAACUGGUGGUCUUACAAACAAGCUUCCGGGCAGAAUAGGAGAUACCCCCACGCUAGGAGCAGGUUUCUGGGCUGAACAGUGGAUCGAAGAGAACCCGUUUGACCGUCCACAUGGCAUGGUAUACCAGCAACCUACCUUGUCGCCAGCGGCGAGACUAGUCAACGGUGACUUUAGCAGUGUCCUCCAAGACUGCUUGCCGAGUUUCUCAUCCUACCUGCCUGUUUCUCCUCGAUUAGACAACAACGACGAACAGCCUAUCAAGCCCCUCUCGGCGCGCCAUGGAGUUGCUCUUUCUGGAACAGGCAACGGUGAUUCCUUCCUCAAAACAUCUGCAGCUCGUACAGCUUCUGCUAUGACCCGCUUUUCCUUUCCGCCUCUUCCACUAGCGGUCUCAGUGAAGCGUGUGGCUGGUACAGACGGUAUGCUUCAGCAAAGCGCCGAAGAGCGCUGGAAGAAGACUGGAGAAGGCGAAGGUGGUAUAAUCGGUAUCGAAUAUCGCUUCGGAAGGGGUACAGUCGUGGCCGAUUUUAACUGUGGAGGCAUGUUCCGCGCUUGGGUUGAUGAUGCUGGCAAGCAGCGCAUGAUGGUUUUCAAGGAAGAGUUCUAA